UAAAAUCAUGCCAUGAUGCCAGUACUUUAGCCAGCUUUCUUCCUACCUCACUGUCUCUCUCAAGAAAAAACCCAAUUCCUGGAAAGAGGGAAAAUCAUCCUUCACCAUUCAGUGGAGAGAAAAUAGCAGCAAACUACAAUGGCGAGGAAACCGGAAGAAGAAUACGAUUACUUGUUCAAAGUAGUACUGAUCGGCGACUCUGGUGUCGGCAAAUCCAAUCUUCUUUCUCGAUUUACGCGCAACGAGUUUUGCUUGGAAUCUAAAUCCACUAUUGGCGUCGAAUUUGCCACUCGUACUCUUCAGGUUGAAGGAAGAACUGUAAAGGCUCAGAUAUGGGACACCGCGGGUCAGGAGCGAUACAGGGCAAUUACAAGUGCCUACUACAGGGGUGCACUUGGUGCUCUUCUAGUGUAUGACACGACCAAACCAACAACAUUUGACAAUGUGAGCCGGUGGCUAAAGGAGCUACGAGACCACGCUGAUGCUAACAUCGUAAUUAUGCUUAUUGGAAACAAGACUGAUCUUAAGCAUCUACGUGCUGUUGCCACGGAAGAUGCUCAGAGUUUUGCUGAGAAAGAGGGCCUUUCUUUUAUAGAAACAUCUGCCCUCGAAGCAACAAAUGUUGAAAAGGCAUUCCAAACUAUCCUCUCCGAGAUAUACCGAAUCAUUAGCAAGAAAUCGCUCUCUACUAAUGAGGCGGCACCUGCAGCUCUUGCAGGAGGACAAACAAUAGUGGUAGGGGGAGCAUCUGAGACAACUGCGAAGAAGCCAUGCUGUUCUUCGUCCUAGUUUGUCCGUCUUGCCGAUAUGAGUUUUGUUUCGAAGUCGGAGUUUGGGUUGAAAUAUAGCAUGUUAUGAACUGGCUGAAGCUUACUAUUUAUUGUGAAUGCGUGGUGUUUCUUGACUCA